AUGUAUAUAUAUAUAGCCGUACCGGGGAUUAAAUUACGGGCUCAGAGCGGACACGAGGAUCGCAGCGUAUAUCCUGAAUACAAGUCACUGGUCGGUGGCAAAGCUGAACUACCGUGCAAUGUAACACUGCCGACACCCGAGGACGCCAUUACAUUGAUACUAUGGUAUAGGGGCGACAAUCGGACGCCCAUCUAUACGGUCGACGCCCGCGACAAUCCUGGCCUGAAUAAUGCCCGCCAUUUUGCCAGUGCCGAUGUCUUUCAGCUGAACACCCGGCCGGCGCUGCUCAAGAUUGAUCCGGUCCGGGAGGACGACGACCACGAAUACCGGUGCCGAGUAGACUUCCGAUGGGGUCGUACUAUGAGUACGUUUGUCAGACUAUCCGUUAUUGUGCCUCCCAAAAAAGUGAUCAUCAAAGAUGAAUUGGGUCGACCAUUGCACGACCUAAUCGGGCCCUUCAAUGAGGACACCAAUCUUAGACUACUGUGCGAAGCUGAGGGAGGCAAACCUCCACCAUCGCUGAUAUGGUACAGAUACGAUGAUAAUGAUAAUAAUAAUAAUAACGAUAAUAAUAUAAUACUAGACGACACCUACAGCUAUAGUAUCGACAAUAAAACCAUUUUCAACGACUUAUUGAUAAUGAAUUUAUCCCGAGCCGACCUAAUGGCCAGAUUUGUCUGUAUGGCCUCCAAUCCAAACCUAACGGCGCCCAUCAAAACAUCCGUACAAUUAGAUAUCAAUUUAAAACCCAAUGAAAUUAGGCUAAACUCGUUGGACAGUCAUCUAACAGUUGGCAAUAGUGUUGAACUGGUAUGCCGUACGUCGGGUAGUCGGCCGCCGGCACUGAUCAGUUGGUUCAAAGAUAACCGUCCAUUAAGUUACGCCUCUGAAAACACUGUAACUAUAGGAAACUGGACAACAAGUACAGUAACCUAUAAGCCCGGAGCCGAUGAUCACGGGGUGUAUGUGUCGUGUCGGUCGGAAAACCAACGGCUGGCCAACAGUUCAAUUGAAUCGGGAUUCAAGCUUAACGUCUAUUUUAUACCGCAACUAUCGUUAAUGAUUAGUACAAACACUAAGACUACUGGAGGCAGUGGUGGUAGUAGUGGUGGUAGUAGUAGUAGUGGUACCGGUAGUAGUGGUGAUGGCGGUAGUAGUAGUAGUAGUGGUGGACAGCAUGUUGUUGAUGGGGACGAGAUAUUUAUGAAGUGCCAGAUUAGUGCCAAUCCGGGUGUAUUCAUCAAUAACUCUAGUCUAGUAGUCAAAAGUGUCCGACGCCAGCACUCGGGUCGGUAUCAAUGUUUUGCCAACAACUCAGAGGGCAGAGGUCAUAGUCAAGAGCUGACACUAGUUGUCAAUUACGCACCGGUAUGUCGAAGCCAUAAGCGUGUAUUCGGUGCGGCCAUCGGCGAAACCAUGACCAUCGGGUGCGAAGUCGAUGCCCAACCGCCCGAYGUAACCUUUCAGUGGUCGGUCAAUGCCAAUAGUCAGCAACUGUUGGGCAACUAUCAGCAGAGCAGCACCGGUAGUCUAGGAUCGACAUUGACAUACAUACCGAAAACCAAACGUGACUUUGGCCAGAUAUCGUGUCGGGCAACCAAUUCGGUUGGCCAACAACAGGAUCCGUGUAUAUUCUCGAUAGUUGCCGCCGGAUUGCCCGGUUCGCCGACCAGCUGUCUGGUCGUCAAUCAGACAUCAACCGAUAUAACGGUCGACUGUAUUGGCGGCGAUGACGGCGGUCUCGACCAACUGUUUCAUUUGGAGCUCUACGAUAGCGAUGACAUCGAUGGCCAUCAAUCGGUGGCCAGCAAUCGGUCGCCGUCGCCGAAUCGCCAUCGAUUGGUAGCCAAUCUGAGCCGCCAGUAUAGUCCAGCCUUUCGGCUAACCGAUCUGAUGUCGGGUACUCAGUAUUUAGCUAUAAUCUAUGCCUCCAAUGCUAAGGGCCGUAGUCUGGCCACUGAGCUAACGGUGCCUACGCUAGCACUGCUCAAUAAAAAAUUUGUAGCGGACGUCCCGCACACCGACGAUAUCAGUGCCGUACUGGCCGUUGCCUUAGGACUGGGACUAGUGGUCGUCUUAGUCGUCAUAAUACUUGUAAUUAUAUGCAAAAUACGGUCAAAUAAUCGGCGAAAAGAGUCUUCAUCCGUGUCGUCGACGUCGACAACGGAAAAGCAAUACAGAGACCGGAGAUUAAGUGAUAAUAGCGAUAUGUUUGCCGACAAUUCAUCCAAAGAAGAUCUAAGAGGAUCUGAUCGCGAAUUGAUGGACACAUUGGCCGCCGCUGACCGCAAAAACCCGGACGUAAUUCCGCCGAUCGACGGCUACGCACUGACACCGUUGUCGGACAGACAGUCGUCGGCGUCGGCGUCGUCGCCACCGCCGCCGCCACCGCCGACAACAAUGGCCACUACUGAUGGACUACUGGUCAUCGGCGGCGGCUAUCAACAGCAGCAGCCAAUCAAUUUACAAACUAAUAAAUACGUGUUCGUAUUCACAUCAAUCCGAACGGAACCGGAAGCCACUGUUCGAACGGCAAUAACUUUAACUAACGUCGAACAGAAUCGAACCACAAUUAUCGUCAGAAUAUCAAUAACACUAUAUAACAUAAACUCUAAGCCAAUACUCGGCUUAUAG